UUUAUGUUAAUAGCUUUUUUUAAAGGAAUGAAAAUUUGAAAUGGGUACCUUUGCCGGUGAUUUUGUUUUUUCAACAUACAUAAAGCUAGCACAUUUCAUUUUAAUUCAGCAGCUGAAUUAGUUGUAUAUGUUUACAUUUGAAGAAGAUAAUGCUUCUGUUAUAAAAUUUUAAAGAUCUUAAGUAUAUGGCUCUUUCAUCCUCAAUUUUGAUGAUUUGCAGUGUGUCUAGCACCUUGAUUACUGCCAGGGACGUUUGCUAAGAGCUAUUGGAAACGAAACUAAAACCAAAGUCAGUAUAUAUUUGUGGCCUAAACUCCUUGCAUGAUUUCUCACUUUAAUUUUGUCUUUCUGAAAUUGUCUAGUUAUAUAGAAAAUGCCUGCAUAAGUAACUUUGUGUUGCUUUAAUCAGGAUACAACUAAUAAACCUCUAUUCAGCAUAAUGCUUAUUAAAGCUUAAAGCAACAUGGAUUUGAUCCUCCAAUAGAGAAUUUUCAUGAUUGUUCUGUUUUGUAUAAGUAUAUAAAACUUCUAUCUUAAUUGUUAAUUUUACUAGACACCAAAUCCCUCCUUAUAAUUGUGCAGUUUUGCUUUUCUGCUUAAGACAGAGAAAAUGGGAUUUGCUGAGAAGUUAUUUAAUAGGGAGAUAAAUUGGAAAUAAAAGUGCUUAAGGUCCUAUGGGCAGGUUACAUUCUAAGUGCAAAUGCAUUGCUUUAAUCUUUGGUUACUUACCAGAAUAUAUAGUAGGAUAGGGUGAUUCUGAGAACUCUGACAUAGAACACCAUUAUGGAUGUUUAUUUUUUGCAGAGCCAAGCAUAUAAAAAGUGGUCUGUUUAUUUUUUUAAACCACAAUUUAACUUUACACUUUAUGACAUGUUAUUAAAGCUGAAUGAUUCCUCUUGGUAAGGAUAUUUGCUUAUGAGUGCCAGGAAAUAACUCUUUGAUACUUGCAUUAACAAACUUCCUUUUGCCUAGAGAAGGGAAAGAAAAACGAACCAAAGGAUAUUUCCAGAAAAAAUAAGAAAGCUGUUUAAGAAGGCCAUGACUCAGUUCCUAGGUGUGUAUACUUUUCAGCAUCCUAGGAAUUUUAAUAUAAAAAGUAAAAUAUGUGUUUCAAAUUGCAGUCUUCUUGCUGUUGUUCCCCUUUGUCACAGUUAAAAUCAGCGUUGGGAGUUAAAUUAUAAUUUGAGAGAAAAUAUUACCCAAUAAGAAUGAAUGUAGAUGGUUAAACGAUUCUUACUCAGUGUGAUGUAUCAUGAUGCAUCAGGGACCCUUGUAAAUUGUCAUAUGCCAAUAAAAUGUCAUAAGUGGUAAUAGCUGUUGUUUGUUUACCUGAUUUUGAGACUAUUUUUGUCUAUUCUAUAUGACUGAUUUCUAUGGCCUGUUUCUAGAUUUUAAAAUAUCAUUUCAUCUAUAAGUGAAACUAAUGUGGUGUGGCUUGAUAAAUACUUUUUAAUUUCUCAACUCUUUCUUUACUGUUUCUUCUGAUCGCCCCCCUCCCCCCCCCCCGGGAAAAUGGGAAAUUUUAUAAGCUGAUAAAUCUGAGCUAUUGUUAAUAAUGUAUAAGAAAUUGCUGGUCUUGGUACAUGCCUAUAAAUCUCAGCUACAUAGGAGACUGAGACAAAGAAUCACAAGUUCAAGGUCAGACUCAGCAACUUAGCAAGACUCUAUCAAAGGCUGGGGAUGUAGCUUAGUGGUAGAGUCCCUGAGUUCAGUCCCAAGGUUUUGUCCCCAAAGAAAAAUGAGAGAUUUGUGGCUUAAGUUCUGUUCUUGUGUUAAUAUAGAACUGUAUCAGGCAUAAUAUGGUAGAAAUUACUCCUUUCUAAAAAUACAGUUGCUAGUUAAUAACUGAAAGGAGUUAGUCUUUGUAGUCUUUAAAAAAGAUCUGGUUUAAUUCUUAACAUUGUGCCCUUUAAACUUUUUAUACGAAGUAUUUUCAUAGGACUUGGUGCUAAGACAAAUUGAUAAAUUUUUUUUCUCAUACACAUGGCAAAUUAGCCCUUUAAAACUUGGUUACAGAAGUUAGCUAAGUGUGUAAAAGGAUGUAUAAGAUUCUUGGUAGUUUAGCAAUAUUGGGUAAUUUUAAAGUAUACUUCUUUAGUAGGAACAGUACUUUAAUAUAUUUUUUUCUACUUUGUUUAAACUGGACACCCUUUUGGGAUCUUAUGUUAGAUUUCCAGAUAUAAUCUUUUUGCAUUCAAGAAGAAAAAUAUAUAGGCUUGUCUCUUCUAAAUAAAGUUUCUAAACAAGGCAAUGAUGUUAUUGUCAUGAGAUCAUGACUGGACUGUGUCAUGAGUUAGCAGAUCCUGAUAUGUGUCUUAAAAAAAGGAGUAAUAUCUGUUACAUACUUUUAAGGUUCUUAAAUAGUCAUUACCAUUGUUAUUUCUGAAUAUCAAGGGUCUAAUUGUUCUUUUUAUUGAGGUAAAUAUUAAAAAUCAGGAUUUUUAAUAAAGUUUUACAUGAACACACUUGCUAUUACUCAGAUUCUUCAAAUUCGGGCAUCUGUGGAAAUCAGUUAUUUUAUUUCAUUGCCUGACUUGAGAGCCUUGGAAGUAUUGUGAACUAUCAGAAGGUCAGUUAAAGCUGAUAAGGCCAAAGGUGUACUUUUAAUUAAUGCCAGUUCUCUUUGUAGUAUAUUAGCAAGUUAUACCUUAGCCUUUAAAAAUGAACCCCACUGAUAAAAGAGAACAGAUGUCAGGAGUGUACUUGACCAUGACUACUACAAAAGAAGUUUGAAUCAUGUAUUUAUGAUUUGUGCAUACAAAAUCUAUUUUCCUGUGGAUAUUUUGAGGUGUUUUACAAUAUAAUGGUUUGUAGCACUGCAGAAGAAAACAGUGAUUCUUAAAAGAAGAGUUGAAUGAGCAGGCAUUUAGCGAUAUUUUCCUAGAAUCAUCUAAUUUUAAAAAAUAAUCUUGAGAUUUCCCAUAUUCCCUACUAAUAAACCCUUUCCUUAAUAAAAAUAAAUGCUUGUAAUUACACCCUUGAAAUAAUCUAUGGUCUCAGCAUGAAUUGUAUAUUUGGCAAUGAUAACUUCCUGAUACUAUCAGUAAUUCCAAAUUUUCAUGGAAUGCAAAGGUUCACAGUAAAUAGUACCUCCAGAAAUAGGGGUUUUCUUGCUACUGUAUCUUGUCUCCCUGACUAUGCAAGGUAGUACUUUUACCAUCUUAGUUCUGUUAGUGAAAGCUCUAGACGUGAAAUUUUCCAAGUUGUUUGUAAGGCUGCGUUUCAGAUUGUUUUCCUUAAAAGUUAAUUAUCAUCAAUGUAUAAGAAAUUGUUACAGUCUACAGAAAUGAACUGGUUAAUGUUAAUAUAUAUAUAGUUAUGAAAAUGCCUUGUAAAAAAUGUCUUAUGGACUAAUUAGCUCAAUCUGAAACUGAGGCAUCAGAUUUCUGAGUAGUCUAGAGAAAUGAAAUAUAGUGAGGGAAGAGCCAUGGAGGUGUUUGAUAGGGUUUGGAGUGAGAAAUGAUGGGUUUUAUUUAAAAGGGAAAAAUAACGGUUCUAUUAAUGACUACUGGACCAUUAUUCACAUUAUUACUAGAGUAUUUCUAGUUUUUAAGAUAUUUUUCUUGGUAAUUCUUACAAUCUUUAAAAAAUUUAUAAAAGUGAGUAUUUGUCCUUUACAUACAAAUAGAAAGGUUCUGUUAAAUGAAUUUACAACUAAAACUCUAGAUUCUCAGCUUUAGAUAUCCCUUUUUGGGUGUUGGCGGGGGGAAAGGGCAUAUGGCUUUUUGUUUGGUUAGGAUUUUGUUGCCUUCCCCAGUUAGGAGCAGUAUUAUAUUUUUAUUUUAUCCAUUAUCCCUGACUUAGUUAACAAUGUAGAAAAUAGGUUUAUUGGCAAAGUAGUCCAACUCUAUAGGAAGAAAAUUUAGAGCUUCAGUUGACCAACAGGAGCCAAGCAAAGGUAAAUGAAUACACAAUUCUCAGUGUCAAAAAUGAGAAGAAACCACUUUUAGGGCAUGUAAGUAUUCAUGAUACCAAAACUCAGGAGAACUUACUUUUUCAUAGUCAUCCUCAUUGAUGUGUGCCAGGAAUAUUUUCUAGAAUAAGAAAAGUGUUUCAAAUGACUUUUUUCCCCCCCAGCCAGGGGCCUUAUUCUCAAAGUAUAAACUAGGACUUAAAAUCAAAACAAAAGUUGUAAUCCGAAUACAGAGUGCUCCAGAAUAUUGAACAGAGUAACUGGACUGGAAUCUAUGUGUUUUGAAGCAAACGGUAUAUAAUAAUUGUUUGCUUUUAAAGAUCAAGAUAAAUGUCUCACUAAUUCAAAGUGUAUAAAUGCAUGUCUUUAAAGAUUAGCACCUCACAUGUUUACAGUUUCCUCUGUCUUUUAGAAUCUGAUUGGAAAGUACAAAUUUAACAAAUGGUUAGCAUUUCUUUAGAUAUGUGGUAUAUUAAUGUGUUUUUAAUAGCAGCCUUGACAAAAAUCAAUCCUGCAUUGAUAGUAAAUUGAAAACUAGAUCUGGAUUUUGAGAACAGGUCAGAAGUAGAUCAGCUAUGAAGAGAGUUAAUAAAUACCUCUUAAAUAUACUGGCCAGUAAUACAUUUAAUGUGUAACAACCACAGUUAUACUUGAAUGCUCUUAUAUCAGAGGGCAUUUGAUAAUAACAAUUAUCAUUAAGGAAAAGGAGGUGGAACGGUAAUUAAUUUUGUUGGACUGAAAAAUCAAACUUUCAAACUUUUCCUGUCUGGUUAAAUAAUGCCCAAGAAGCAUUACUGUACAUAACAGGACUUAGUAAUUGUUAAUCCUGAGCAAUAAAAGGUCAGAAACGUGAUUAGAUGUAAUAAAGAUUUUGCCAUACAGCUUAGGUACAGACAGCUUGCCUAGUAUGCACAAAACCGUGAGUGUGAUUUCCCGGCACCUAAAAAGAAAAAGUAUUGGCUAAGGAGUUUAAAGGAUAAAUAGUGGGAAAAUUCAUUCAGACACCUCAAUCCCCCAGCAGUGCCAACGUAGUGCUAAAUUUUUAUUUAAAAUUUCAUCAAGGAAUAUGACUGCCUUAAAAAAUGUAUACAAGAAUUGUUUCCUGAGUCAGUUGUUUGAGCUUUUGGCAUAAGGUGUUAUAAAAGUAUACUAGAAGGAUAAAGUAUAGGAGAAAAUAGAAAUAAUAAACUUUUAGUGCUAGUUAUCAUUCAACUAAUAAACUCAUCAUCAAAUAUUACUAUUCAAUGUCAAGCUUAAUCAUUAUAUCAAGUUCUUAUGUCAUUUCACCAUUAGGGCAUUCCAGAAUAUAACUGAAAACAAUACAAAUUUUAGAUGAGGCACUAAACGUCAUUAAAAUGGUUGUGGAGAGCUUUCGUGGCGCAGUCAUGUUUGUGAAAGUGUUAAAAAGUCUUCUAGCACUUCAAAUCUAAUUUUACAGCUAAAUAUAAUUUCAUGGCUAAAUUUAAAAACUGAAAAGAGGGUACCAAAAUGUAGCUAAAGUAUUUGCAAUUGGUAUCUGGAAGGAACAAGAAUUAUGAAGGUGUUCUUUGAAAGUUUAGCAAAUAUUUUUCUUUAGAUGCAGAUUCUAAAAGGUACCUCAGACUUCCCUUAAAUUCUAUUUCUUCUCUUCAGUUUUCCCCUGGACACCUCCACUUUCACUUCACUGGAAACUCCGUUCAUCUUUUAUAUCCGCCCUACUGCAAACUGAUGUUAUUUUCUUACCACGUAGGCAUUGGGCAUCCCCAUAGAAUUUAUCUUCUGUCUCCUCUCCACCCUCAUAAUAGAUAGUCAUCAUUUGCUCCAACUGCCACACUAUUCUAAAUUCACAUGUGUUUGAAGUACAUGUGAAUCUCAUUGGUGCACAUAUUUUCUUCUUCAUAUUGCCACGUCUGGAAGGUUUUCUAGUUGUAUGAUCUAUAUCAUUUUUUAAAAAUAUGUAUUUUUUUAGUUGGAACACAAUACCUUUAUUUUAGAAUUUAUUUUUAUGUAGUGGUGAGGAUUGAACCCAGUGGCUCGCAUGUACUAAGUGAGCGCUCUACUGCUAGGCCACCACCCCAGCCCCACGAUCCAUGUAAUUUCAAGCUAGAAACCUUUUCUUUCUGGUGCCUAAACCUUACAUCAUGAUGAACCAUAGGAAUUCCCUCAGACCUUUUCUUUCUCCUUUCCUUUCCUGUACCCCCCUUACCUUUUUUUUUUUUUUUUUUUUUUUCCUUCUUAUUCUGCUACUUACCUAUCUUAAAAUAUUACCUUAUCAAGAAAUUGCAAAUUCUUUUUGCCUUGGGGUCAUUGAAUGCAUCACAUUCUUUUAGGCUAGCAAAUCAUUUUGCUUACAUGGCAUCUUUUGCCAGAAUAAAAAUGUGCUGGACAGGAGAGUUAGCUUAGUACAGAAGAGUUAGCUUAGAACAGAAAAGUUAAGAUUGUUCAUUGCCCAAGUAAAACUGUAUUUUGAAAUAUGUUUUAAGUGAAAACAAAGAUGAGAGAUCCAAGAGGUUAAGGUCUGAAAUACUCGUGGAUCUCUUUAAGAGCAAAGAGUACAGUAGAAAAAUGCUUAGGGUAAGACCUUUAUAGCAGUCAAGUACUAAUAAUAAUGGGUUUUCCUAGAGAAGAGGAGUCAACUUCUGAUCAUACAGGACCAGGAAAGGCAUUUAAUAUCUGUUUGUCCAGUCUUGUUUGCACAUAUAAAACUGGAGUCAAUAGAUAAAAAUCAUGAAGACUUUCAUAAGUUCAAUUAUAAGCUAAUAUUUGACAAGUAGGUGCCUAAAAAGUAGAACAGGCAACUGAAUAGCAAGCUUUCAGCAGAAUUAUGCAGAAUGGAUUGAUAACUGCUUGUCAGGAAUGCUGGGGUUGGAGAGCUUUUUUUCCUAGUCUGGAUUACUUAUUCAAGAUUAAGCACUUGGAGAUGGUGUCUUUUUAAAUAAAAAUACCAAAAAUUCUAGUAAUAAAAAUUUAAGUUAAUUCCUAUCAUACAACAUAGAAAAGUGUAGCAAUAACAGUGCUUUUAAAAUUCUGAAGGCUUUAUGUCAACCCUUACGGCAUACCAGGUGACAAUUGGACGUAAGCUGUUAGAUAAUAAAAGUUAUUUGGAAUUUUAAAGAGACUUUAAAUUUGUGUUUCUUGGACCAUAACAAUAUUGAAGGCCUUUGAAUCCAAACACUAAGUAUAACCUAGACUUUUCUUUUAUAUAAAUCUAUAAAGGAUUCAAAGAAAAGUCUUUAGAAUUUAAAUAUAUAACUUAGAUUUUGUAAAUUUAAUACAUCAAUACAAGAAGAAUUUCUAGAUAUGUAGUAGUUUAAUAGGUAAUAUGUCUGAUUUCCAUUACUUCGUUUUGGCAUCAGUGUAAAAGGAUUUUUUUCAGGAUAAAUUGAGUUAUUUUAGUAUCAAGGAGAAUCUUGGUUUGGACUACUCUCAAAAUUUCAAAAGUUUGAAUAAAUGAAGAGAGCCUGUCUUGAGGUGUGUAAUCUUUUAAAUAGCACUAGUAGACUGCAUCACUACUGUCUUUGGGCCUCAGUGUAGGCAGGGCAGAAGGGAAAAGGCAUAUGUAUUUUUCAUUUUUGAAAUGUAAAACUUACAUGAAAGCUCUCUGGUCAUGUGUGCCCCAAUUUGGUUCUUCCUUUUAUGAGACUUGUGGUUAAAGUUGGAGAGACUACUGCAGACUUUGGUAGAAUAUUAUAUUCCUGCCCUAUUAAGGUAAUUACAGCAUAGUAAUUCUGGUUUACCUUACUACCCCAAAUUUAGGCUUGGAUUACAUGGCUUUCCACAUAGCAAUUGGCAAGAUUGGAGUAUACAUCCAUCCAUUCCUUUUCUCUUCCUUGUUCUUUGACUGGGUUCUUACCAAGUUGCCCAGUCUAGUCUCAAACUUGGAAUCCUCUUGCCUGAGUAGCUGAGAUUACAGAUGUUUUUAUACUGCAUUUUGCUGAGUACACAUUUCUAAGUUUUUGUCCAAAUUAGUCCUUAACCUUUCCAUUAAUUCAUUGAAAAACUGGAUGAAUAAAACAUUUCUGUUCUUGGGGAUUCAGUAUAACAAUGAUUUGUUUACAAGAAGAUGUAAUCAGUGUUUCUGGAAAAACUGUUGGUAGCAUGAAAACAGAACCAGUAUUUGCAGUAAAGUUAGGUGAUGAGAUAUUUCCAUGAAUCUCCACAUGACAGCAGUUGGAGACAGAUCACAAACCUGUCUGGUGUUGGUAUCUGUUGAAGUAUGGGGAAGAAUUAGGGUAGUAUUUGAUAGACAUGAGAACACCAGAAUCCCAAGUUAGCCAACAGCCAUUUACUGAGAAGCAGCUAAAACUUGGGAUUUAAUCCUUUUAGUGAAUGCAAGGCACCCAUCCAUACUAAGGACUUGUAAAGGCCAGAGUAGUUCACCCAGGAAUCUCUCAAAACUGACGGGCCGGUUUUUUUAGGGACUGGACUCCAUGCUGCAGAGAAAAUACUUAAACUGGUAUCAAUUUAUCAGGAUAAAGAAAAUAGAGGAUCAAGCUGGGUAGGUGAACAAAGCCAGGAAAAUGUCAACAAAGUAUUUGAAUAUGACUCAAAAAAGAAAAAGAAGAAAAAUAGAAAAGAUAGCUCUCUGAAGUUUUUCUGUACCAGGCCUCAUUCUAAAAGUUCAGGAAAAAAAUGUAAAGAUCAUAAAUAAGGGGCUGGAGAUGUAGCUCUAUUGCAUCACAAGGCCCUGGGUUCAAUUUCCAGCAACACACACAAACACAAAAUGAUGAUCAAUAAAAAAUAAAGUUGACUCUCAAAAGGUUGUCAAGAUGUAAUAUGAAUGUAUUAGUAAACCUAAAAUGGAGUGAGUAUCUCUGAAGAAUUGGGAACAUUUAUGUAUGCAUUUGACUUGGGUGUUACUAAAUCAGUCCUGGAAUGAACUGUUAGUGAAGCUAGCAGAAUAAAUGAUUCCGUUUUCAUGUUCUCAGGAAUAUUUUCAUUCUUGCCCUAUUUCAUGCCCUCUUGGAUAAGGGACUGGAAAAGGAGGAGGUUUUAAUAGUCAUGAUUUACUUAUGAGGGCACAAAGAGGACAAGGAAGGAACUUGGGAGAAUUGGGAUCUGCUCAUUUCAUCUAGGGUUUCUGAUCCAUUUUCCUUUCACAUUGUCUUGUUACCCUCUUUACCCACCCUCUUCUUACGAUUGAACCCAGGGGUACUCCAACAUAUCUGCUACCCUUUUUUAAAAUUUAUUUUUUGUGACAGGGUCUUGCUAAGUUGCUGAGGCUGGCCUCAAUUUGUCACCCUCCUGCCUCAGCCUUCGGAGUCGCUGGGAUUAUAGGCCUGCGCCACUUGCACCCCCUCUUGUCCCGACUUUCAUCCUUUUCCAGACUACUGGGCAUGUCCCUACCUUAGUUCUGCCAUUUGCUAGCCUGAAGUCAUUAUCAUUUGUCUUCUCAUUCCAUAUCUAUUUUAAUCAACACUUGGAUUGAAUGCCCACUAUGUACUAGACACCUUAUUUUAUAUAUGGUGCCCAGAGAAAGUCUCUGAUUUGUACACUAGAAUGUAAACUCCAGGAGGGUAAAGACCUGCCCGGCUCAGCAUCGAAUCUUCGGAGAUUAGAAUAGUGCCUGGCACUUACUGUACAUCCACUAUUGAGUGAAUAAAUGACGUCGAUCAGGAAAGUUACCCUAUUUUUUUUUGUUCUGUAGAUCAGCAAGCAGCAGGUGUAGUUAUCUAAAAUUGUCACUUCCCUCCAACACAACUCCUGCUGAAACACGAGGACAGUCAUUGUGCCUCAUGAAGAUCCACCGGCUAGACCAGGAGAGUGACCGCCCAAGUGAGACGAGACAGGUCCCUGCCCUCUUUCAAGGUCACCUUGAUAGUCUGGAAUAAGGAGUCUUUCGUGAACCAAGGAAUCUUAAAUACCACAAAGCUGCCAACACUGAGAACAGUGCUUAGCUCACACUGUCUCAACAGAUGUUGGUUGGCUGAACGACCAAUAAGCCGCGACCCUCUGUGACAGGCGGACUCGGGUGUAGAGGGUGUCACAUUCCCAGCGAAGAACUGGGUGAGGCACAAAGUCCGGAUGGCGAGUCGUUCUCAGUGGCUGGUCGUACCUGGGUAGCACUGGCUCUAACCACACAAUAUUUGAGAUAGCGGGGGAAACACAAAAGUACGUACAUUCUGCGCGUGCGUCACUCUCCGGGCGCGACCUGCCCGCCCGCCGGCUUUCUAUUGGUGGCCUGAAUGAAUUGUCGCAAGCUUGACGUCAUGUACCUGCCAAUCAGAAGCAAGCGAUCUUCAUCCUUGUCCAAUGGGAUCGGGGAUAGGUCACGGCCCGCUGUAUUUGAUUUUCGUUCACGGACGCGGAAGUGGCGAGCCAGACCUAAGUAGGCGCCACUGGCUUCCUGGGCGCUAGAGGUCUGGGUGCGCCUCCUGCGGAGUUUGUCCCGGCUGAUCGCGGAGGUCCGGGACCGACCCCGGUCGGCUCAGGCCCUUUGCUCGUAGCCUCUUUCUGCCUGGCGUCUGCAACUGGUGGUGCGCGGGCCACGCGGGAUCCGGGUCUGGGCGCUUCUGUUCCAGGGCCGGCGCGUUCUGGAAUUCCUUGCUUGAAGAUUCGGAAACCAUCUUCCUUAACGCCCUCCGCUUGGUAUUUUCCUCGUCGGAAGCUCAGUUUCUGAGGAAGGUACCAGGAAACUGAUAAUGUUUCCUUGAAUUUUCUUCAAUGUCUCUCAUACUGAAUAUCUUAAGAGAGAUGCUGGCAUAUUUUGGUGUUCCCAUAGACCAGGUUUUGCUGACUUGGGAAAAUAAAGACUAUGGAUCAACUCGGAGUAUUGUUCGUAUUAUUGGGAAAAUGCUUCCUUUAGAACCUUGUAGAAGACCUGCUUUUGAGUUGAUCCCGCACUUGAACUCUGUAGAAUCUGAUAAUUGUGGAUCUAUGGUUCCAUCUUUUGCUGAUGUUUUAUGUGUGGCAAAUGAUGAAGAAGCCAGUUAUCUCAGAUUUCGAAAUAGUACAUGGAAAAAUGAAGAAAAGGAAAAAAAUGAAUUUUCCCAUCCUUUACAACCAAUUUUGGAUCCACUGUUAUCAGCUCAAAGACAGAACAAACCAGUGAAAAAUGAUCUGCCCGUAAAUGAAGCUGCAAUUAAAAAAAUAGCUGCCCUUGAAGAUGAGCUUACUUUUCUUCGCUCUCAGAUUGCAGCAAUUGUGGAAAUGCAGGAACUAAGAAAUAGAAAAAAAUCUGGCUCCUUUGACUUGAAUGAUGAGCCCCCUGGUGUGGGAAGAAUGCCAUCACGGGCAACCGCUGAACUGAGUGUAGAACCAGAUCAGUUUCCAAGUGCAAUGCUUUCUCCUCCUUCACCACCACCGCUUCCUCCUCAUUUUUCUUCUCCUCAGCUUUCAAGUUUUCCUCCCAUACAACCAGGAUCUACUAAUAUUUGUGACUCAGAUAAUCCAAUAGCUGAAAUGAAAAAGCAGCACCCCGGUGCUAAGACCAAUUAUAGUCAUCAUUCAAAAAGCCAGAGAAAUAAAGAAGUUCCAAACAUGUUGGAUGUUCUAAAGGAUAUGAAUAAGGUCAAGCUCCGUGCUAUUGAACGGUCACCUGGUGGUAGACCCAUUCAUAAGAGGAAAAGACGAAGUUCACAUUGGGAUCCCGUGUCCUUAAUAUCACAUGCACUUAAGCAGAAAUUUGCAUCCCAAGAAGAUGACUCCUUUGACAAAGAAAAUAGAUCUUGUGAUUCUUCUCCAUUUAAUAGAUCUUGGGAGUCUUCUCCAUUUUCUAGUCCAGAAGCUUCAAGGUUUGGACAUCACAAUUCACAGACAGAAGGACAGUGAUCUGAGGGAAGAGCUGAUAAUGCACAAAAGCUGUUGGACAAAGUAUUGGGCACAAAAAGUCUUUCAUCACUUGGAAGGAAAGAUGCAGAAAUAUGGCAGCAUGUCUUUCGCUGCCUUUCACAGGAUCAGCUCCUCUGCCCAGGAUUGUUGAAUGAAGCCUGUAUCCUGGGACAUGUUAGGGCCCUGGUCUGAGGAAGAAUACCUGUCUCCGGUUUUGGAAGAUUCUGCAGUUAACUGACUACUGAAGAGAGUUAGGUGUAUGGAUUUUUUCCCAUAUAUGUCAACAUUAUUGAAAGCUGACUAUACGUUCCAACAAUUGUCCUCAGCAAUUCUGACUUCCCAGUUUAAAAGCCUUUGAAUCUUUUAAAAAUCGGUAGUGAUCUGGCUUACAUGGCCUCCAGUAACUUGGAGAUUUUCAAAGAAGAUAAAAUUAUAAUUUAUUAAGAAACUCUUAGUUUUAAUCAUAGGGUUAAGCUUUUUGAAACUUCUUCCUGAGACAAUAAAUUAGUCUUGGACACAGAUUUUGUUUAAGUGAUAUAAGUACAAGUAUUUAAAGAAUCUUCUUGACAUGUUUUGCCUGCACUUGUGAUGUAAACAUGUAUGCCUGACAUCUGUUUCUUUCAUUCUGUAUUACAUUUAUACAUUGUUCUUUUGCAAAUAGAUUGUACAAUAAAUGUGUCUUUUGAACAUGA